AUGGAGCCAAUCCAGGGUUGGAACAGCACCCAGCACCGCCGGGCAGGGCACAGCCCGGGGUUGCUGAGCCCCCAGACCCUGGCCGGGGACCCCAGCCUCCUGCACAGCCGGGAUGAGGAGCUGGCUAAGGCAGAGGUGGGGGUGCUGGCCACCAUCCUGGCUGUAGCCACGGUGGGCAACGUGGGGGUGGUGCUGGCCGUGUCCCGGCUGAGGAGGAAGAUGAGCAGGAUGCAUCUCUUCAUCCUGCACCUGGGACUGACCGACCUGGGGGUUGCCCUCUUCCAGGUGCUGCCGCAGAUGAUCUGGGAGGUGACGUUCCGCUUCCUGGGGCCCGACCCGCUCUGCAGGGCGGUCAAGUACCUGCAGGUGCUCAGCAUGUUCGCCUCCACCUACAUGCUGAUCGGCAUGACUCUGGAUCGCUACCUGGCCGUCUGCCACCCCCUGCGAAGCCUGCGGCAGCCCAGCCGCCAAGCCUACCUGAUGAUCGGGGCUACCUGGCUGCUCAGCUCCCUGCUCAGCCUGCCCCAGAUCUUCAUCUUCUCCCUGCGGGAGGUCCGGCAAGGUUCGGGGGUGCUGGAUUGCUGGGCAGAUUUCGGGUACCCCUGGGGAGCCCGAGCAUACAUCACCUGGACCGCCCUGUGCAUCUUCAUCCUGCCCGUUGCUGUCCUCACCGUCUGCUACGGCCUCAUCUGCUACGAGAUCUGCAAGAACCUCAAGGGCAAGACCCAGAGCGGUGCCCCCAGCACUGGGGGGUCCAUAGGAGCUGUCCCCCCAGGUCCCUGCCCCUCAGAGAAGGGGGGACAGUGCCCCAGCGAGCAGCCCUCCCGGGUGAGCAGCGUGCGCACCAUCUCCCGUGCCAAGAUCCGCACAGUGAAGAUGACUUUUGUCAUCGUGGUGGCUUAUGUUGCCUGCUGGGCACCCUUCUUCAGCGUGCAGAUGUGGUCAGUGUGGGAUGAGGAUGCUCCUGAUGAUGAGUCCACCAACGUGGUUUUCACCAUCACCAUGCUGCUGGCCAGCCUCAGCAGCUGCUGCAAUCCCUGGAUUUACAUGUUCUUCAGCGGGCACCUGCUCCAGGAUGCUGCCCGCUGCCUCUCCUGCUGGAGAAACCCCCGGCCCGGGCUGAGGAGACAAAUCUCCAGUGGCAGCCUCUGCAGCAGGAAAACCACCAUCCUGAGCCACAGCCAGCAGCCUGGCCCCACCAACCUCCCCCUGCAUGGGGACAGCCCCCAGGACACCGACCCCCCCUGCCAGGAGGGGCUGAUUGAGUCGGGGAUGCUCUGA